AUAUUCCCUAAUUAGAUGAUUAUAUUUAGGCGUCCACAGAGCGGGAUCCUGGUUCUUACACUGGAUCUGUUAUGCAGAGAGUCAGAUAUAUUCCAAGUUUAGACGAUAACAACAGAACAAUUAGUUGUAUGGUAAUGCAGAGUCUAGAGGGAAUAACACAUUACACUAGAACAUUAUCCUACAGAUUACAAGUGGAAAAAAGGCCGGUUUCCCCUGGAGGGCCAUUGAUACAGGGAAUAAGUGUCGUAUCAGGAGUCCUUAUUCUCUUCAUUCUAGCCCUCUUGGCAUGCUCUCUACUCGUGGCUCUGCUAGUUAAACAGAAAGGUCGGAAAAAGAAGAGAAACAAGAUAAUAAGGGCAAGAGAAGAAGAAAACUCUUUAUUUGAUGAGGAUCAUGACCUAUUUAAGAAACUAACUAUCUAA